AUGGGUGUCCAGAAAAAGACUCGGAAGUUUGCACAAGUCAAGCGGACCAUUACGCUCCGUGACAGUCGCCUGAAGGCGAAUGACCAAACAGACAAGAAGGACAAGGCUGGUAAAGCUGGCAAGGAUGAAGUGAUUCGCGAAGCACCCCAGGCUCCCUCUUCCCUCUUCUUCCAAUACAAUACCGCCCUUGCCCCUCCCUAUUCGGUGCUCGUUGAUACCAACUUCAUAUCCCACACCAUCCAGCACAAACUUGAGAUCAUCCCGACCAUGAUGGACUGUCUAUAUGCCAAGUGCAUUCCUGUCAUCACCGAUUGUGUGCUUGCAGAGUUGGAGAAACUGGGCCAGAAGUACCGCCUGGCUCUGCGUGUCGCGAAAGACCCCCGAUUUGAAAGAAUCAAGUGCGACCACAAGGGCACGUAUGCGGAUGACUGUCUGGUUGAUCGGGUCAUCAAGCAUCGCGUGUAUAUCGUGGCCACUAACGAUCGCGACCUCAAGCGACGCAUUCGUAAGAUUCCGGGAGCUCCGAUUAUGAGCGUCGCUCGUGGAAAGUACGUCAUCGAACGUCUUCCCGAUGCUCCCGAAAAGUGA